AUUUUAUUUAAAUAACAGACACAAUUUAAAAUGUCUACAUCCCCUAAAGGUGCUUAACGUUAUGAUAAUUCUCCAUAUGUAACUAAAAAAUAAUAACUACCACAAUAUCCAAUCCCUUAAUAAUACUAAUAAUCAACUUAAUAAUUCAAUUAACCAGAUUAUUAUGAUGAUAGGUAUAGAGAAUUUGAAGAAAGAGAAGAAUAAUACAAUUAUCAAAUCUAAAAAAUGAAUGAUUAUAUUCAAGUAAAUACAAUUUAUUAAUGUAGCAAUUAUAACAUGAUUUGGACGUUUCUGAACAUGCUAAAUAAGGAUUUGAAUCAGAUUAUCAAAAGGCUUCUUAUGAAUUAUCUCUCUAUAAAGAUCAAUUAAAAAAAUUAUAUACCAUUUAUCAAUAGUAAACUGCUUAAUUUGAAACAAUUAAAAAGAAAACAUAGGAUUCUAAUCUUAAUGUUGAAAAAGCAUAUGAAAAAUAAUUUGAAAUAAAAAAUGAUGUUUAAAAUCUAAUUUUAGACAGAGAUCUAUUGUUAAAUAAAUUAGAAUUAGGUGAUAAACAAUAUAAUUUUGAUGUUCAAAGUUUGACUCAAUAACUUAAUGAUAAGAAUGCUGAAAUUUAAGAUUAGAGGAAAAGAAUUAAUGAAUUAACAGAAUUAAAAAGAAAAGCUGAUGAAGAGAUAGCAUCUUUGAGAUUUACACUAGAUCAUUAAACUGCUAGAUUAGAAGCUGAAUUAAGAGAAAAAGUACUAAAAUUAGAAGCACUUGAUAAAUAGUUUGCUGAAGCACUUUAUCUUAAAGAUAAUGAAUUAGUAGAUGCUUUCGAUAAAAUUAGAAUACUAGAACAUGAAGUAAGAAGAAUAUUAGAUCUUAACAGAAGUUAUGCUUAAGAGUUAAGCAUGUUAGCAAGAGACAAUAGAUUUAAAUAGGAAGAAAUAACUAAAGUUAGAGAAGAUGCAGUAAAUUUUAUAUAAUAUUUUAAGAAACCUGUUCAACCAUAAUAAAUAUCAGUUUAAUCAAGUGGUAUGGAACCUAGAAUGCCACCAGCUUGGGCUGAGAAAUUUCAUAUUAAAAUUGAUGCUUGUUUAGAUUUAUUUGAAAGAAAUCAUGCUAAAUCUUUAAAAUAACUUUGUAUUAAUCUUUGGAAAGCAAAAAUGGAAUUGAAAGCAAGAAAUAAAUAGAAUAAAACUAUGGUUGAAGAAAAUUCAAAUCUUGGUAAAAGUGUAGCUGUAGGUGGAGGAUCUGAUAUGAGAGUUACUACAUAUUUUAUUGAUUCUUUUGUAGCUGCAAUUACUUUUGCAAGGGAUGCAAUUUCAAAUGUAGUUUUUGAUGUUUUUGUUAAAAGUGUUAACAAAGCAAAUAAUAAAAAACUUAAUUCUUUUGUUCUUUUCUUUGAAUCUCUAAAAGAAAUGUAACAAAAAUCUAGUAAAGGAUUGUGGUUGGCCUUAGAAACUUAUGCAAAAUUAAGAAAAGCUUUACGUCAUUCUGUUCCAAUCCUUAUCGAUGCAAAAGUUUAAAGUGGAUUGCUUUAAAAAGUUGAAUUAGCUAUGGGUAAAUUAUUGAAACAUGAUAUGGAUUUCAGAAAUAAUAUAAAUAAAUGGUUAGAGGGAACUCUAGCUUUUACGGUUUAAAAGAAAGAAGCAGAGGCUUAUGAUAAAAAUAGAGAUUAUUUAUUCUUGUUUAGAUUAUUAACCGUUAAAUAUCGAAUCAAAUUCCCACUCUAAGGAAAGACAUUUGAAGUAGAUGUAGAUAUUGAAACAACUCUAGAACAUAAAAUUUGUUAUGCCUUGAGAAAAGUGGUUAAAUAAUAAUGAUUAUUAAAUUUA